GACCAUGUGGUCCUACGUGGGCGAGGGCCGCGGUGGGUACGAGCAGGUGUGCUCGUACAACUUCGUCGGCGACGGCGUGGGCAGCUACGCGCCCGAGACCGUGUCGACGCCGUACGGGGCCAAGCCGGGCAGCCGCGCCGUCUGCCUCUGCCUCACGCUCGCCGUGCUGCUGGGGUCGCUGCUGGCGCUGUGGCUCCUGCACUCGCGGGCGGCGCCCGAGCCCGUGGCCGACCUGCAGGGCUCGCCGCCGCGCGCUCGGGGCACAGCCGCGAUACCGGUGCGCGCUGCCGCCCGCGCCGGCGCCGAGCCCGGGGCAGCUGGCGGCGCGGCGACGCCUGGGUGCGGACGAGGCGCUGCCCGUCGCGGGCGGCGCCGCAGAGCGAGGCGCGGCGCCUGGCGUGUUGAGGGGGGCGCCCGCGGCGCCUCCGCCGCCGCCGCCGGCACAGCAGGGUCAGCUGGCCUCCGCCGGCGAGGCUGAUGCCGACGCCGGCGAUGCUGACGCCGCCGGCGAGGCUGAUGCCAGCGAGGCUGAGGACGACGCCGCGGCUCCGCCGCCGCCGCCGGCACAGCAGGGUCAGUUGGCCACCGCCGGCGAGGCUGAUGCCAGCGAGGUCGAGGAUGCCGCGGCGCUGAUGCGGGCGUGGUCUCCGCCCAAGAGGCUGUGGUGCUGUCUGCACGAGAGCGUGGGCUGCACCACGACCACGGAGACGACGCACACGGCGCCCACAUCCGCGACCACGAUGACGACACACACGCUGCCCACAACUGCGACAGCCACCACCGGGACUACCCACACGGUGCCCACAACGUCGACUCUUACGACAAGCCACCCAACUUCGACCACAACCACGAGCACCAGCACGACCACCACUAGUACGACCGACACGACCACCUCAACCACAGCAAUCCGUACAACCUGGAGGUGGCGUGUUCUGGUGCCCGUGCCGGUUGGCGAUCUCCCGAGCAAUGCCAACCUCACCUUCCCUACUGCGAGCACGACGUCGAUUUUGGCGGCAUUCAAUUGCGCAGAUGGCUACAAGAAUUGGGUGGCUGGUUGGUCGGUCAAGAAGAAGGCGUGGUGCU